AUGGCUCACAAGUGCGAGCUCUUCCAAGUGCUACCCAGGCUCUCAUAUAGAGAGCGCGGUGCCAUCAUCAUCUUCAUCCUCAUAUUGGGAGUGUCAGCCUUCAUUGCGCUGGAGAACCCCUGGACUGUAGCCUUCAUCGUCUCCGCCACCGUCAACCUGGUCAUCCUCCUCUACUUCCUUGGAGCCUACGAGAGGGCUCCGGCGGCGGACCUCCCCCGGCGAAGAAGGCUGAAAUUGGUAAUAUGCAUCCUCUCCUCCACGCUCAUCUUUUCCUUCUCCUACCAGGUCUCCAAAAUUGUGCCUUUCCCCUUUGCCGUGAUCAUCUGGUCGACCUCCGGAAUCGUCACCGUCACCGGGUACUUCCUUCUUGUUCAUCACGAUGAUGGUGUUCCCAUGCCGCGGAGAUACGAGUAA